CCGGAAGCGUCCUCUGCCUGUUCCGGUGUCUCUGCUCGGUCUUCAACAUGGCGUACCAGCUGUACAGGAACACCACUCUGGGGAACAGCCUGCAGGAGAGUCUGGACGAACUCAUACAGACUCAGCAGAUCACUCCUCAGCUGGCUCUUCAGGUCCUCCUUCAGUUUGAUAAAGCAAUCAACACGGCGCUCGCCAACCGAGUCCGCAACAGAGUCAACUUCAGGGGUUCUCUGAACACAUACAGGUUCUGUGACAACGUGUGGACGUUUGUCCUGAACGACGUGGAGUUCAGGGAGGUCACCGACCUUGUGAAGGUCGACAAGGUCAAGAUCGUUGCCUGUGACGGAAAGAGCGAGUCGACCCAGAACAAAAGUGAUAAAUGACUGAGGAUCUCUUUGUGUCUGAUGGAGUCACAGACGGACCUGGACUGUACAUAUAAUUUAUUACAGUAGAGUCACAGCCG